CCAGAAGGAGGCUGGCUGGCCAGGCUGGCCCUGCUCCGGCCGGCCACACAGAGCCUACAGGAGACAGAGCCCAGGAGGAAGGGCCUGGGACGUGGGUCUCAGCUGGGCUCCUGAUGGGCAGGAACACAAGAUUCUGGAGCACUGAGGACCCCGACCCUGCCUACAACCCAACCCACCUGCUUGUCCAGAGCUGACCAGGGAGAUGGUGCUGACCUCAGGGCUAUUCCCCACAGCUCUGCUGGCCCUGUACUGGGCAUCCAGUCUGGCUCAGGCAGAAACCAUCCCACUGCAGACCCUGAGCUGCUAUAAUGAUUACACCAGCCACAUCAUCUGCAGGUGGGCAGACACCCAGGACUCUCAGCGGCUUGUCAACUUGACCCUCUAUCGCCGGGUGGAUGAGGCCCCCCCGGAGCCAGCGUCCUGUGAACUCAGUAAGGACAAGCACUGGCCAAACUGCCCAUAUCCCCACUGUGUGGCCCGGAGAUGUGUCAUUCCCUACAAGCUCUUCGUCUUUGCCGAAAAUGACUACUACUCAUUCCAGCCAGAUCGGCCCCUGGGUGUCCAGCUCACUGUGACUCUGGCUCAGCAUGUGCAGCCCCCGGCACCCCAGGACCUCCAGAUCAGUGCAAUUGGGGAACACUUCCUGCUGAGCUGGAAUGUAACUCUUGGAGGUCCCCAGCCCCACUGGCUGUCACAAGAGGACCUGGAGUUUGAGGUUGUCUACAGACGGCUUCAGGACCCCUGGGAGGACGCCCCCAGCCUCCGCUCCAACACUUCCCAAGUCGUGCUGGGGCCCAGUCACCUCAUGCCCAGUAGCACUUAUGUGGCCCGAGUGCGUACCUUUCUGGUUCCAGGCUCAGACUUCUCUGGACGGCCCAGUGAGUGGAGCCCAGAGGUGCGCUGGGACUCACAGCCAGGGGACCAGGCCCAGCCCCAGAACCUGCAGUGCUUCUUUGACGGGGCUGCUGGGCUCAAAUGCUCCUGGGAGGUGAGGAUGGAGGUGGCCAGCUCAGUCUCCUUCGGGCUCUUCUACAAACCCAGUCUGGCUGCAGGGGAGGAGGAGUGCUCUCCAGUACUGACGGAAGAGCUCAGCAGCCUCUACAUCAGACACCAAUGCCAGAUCCCUGUGCCCAGCCCUGGGACCCAUGGCCAGUACACCAUCUCUGUUCGGCCAAGGAAGGAAGAGAAAUUUUUAAAGAGCUCAGACCACAUCCAGAUGGCCCCCCCAACCAUCAACAUGACCAAGAACGGAGACAGCUACAGCCUUCGCUGGGAAGCAGGGAAAAUGCAAUACAACCACAUAGACCACAUCUUUGAGGUGCAGUACACGAAAAACAUGGCCACGUGGAAGGACAGCAAGACCGAGAUCCUCUUGAAUGCCCACAGCAUGCCCCUGCCAGCCCUGGAGCCCUCCACAAAAUACCACGCCAGGGUGAGAGUGAAGACUUCUGGGCACGGCUACAAUGGGAUCUGGAGCGAGUGGAGUGAGGCGUGCUCCUGGGAAACGGAGUGGGUGCUGCCCACCUGGGUCCUGGCCCUCACCCUAGUCUGCAUCACCCUCUUCGUGCUCCUGGCCCUCCGCUUCUGUGGCAUCUAUGGGUCCAGGUUGAACAAGAAGUGGAAGGAGACCAUCCCCAACCCCAGCAAGAGCCACCUGUUCCAGGGCGGGAAUGGGGGCAUGUGGCUUUCACACAGCAUGUCGGCUUCCACCAGCACAACUCCCCCUGACCAGAGGCUAUUGGGCAGCCACUUCCCUGAGCUGGAGAGGGCGUUCUUUGUAGGCAUCCAGGACAAUGAAGUGUUACCUCUUACCACAGAGGACCCUAAAGGCGUCUGUGAUCCAUCAUUGGGAUCGGCUGUGGCUGCCUCGGAUGGUCCUACAGAGCAGCCCCACAGCCCCCUGCCAGACCUGCCCACCUCCUCCAGCAGGCCUGAGAGCCAGCUUUCCAAUUUUGACUUUAAUGGCCCCUACCUAGGGCCACCCCGAAGCCACUCCCUGCCUGAUAUAGGGGGCCAGACUGCACCCCCACAAACAGGGCCGAGCCAGCAGCUGCCACCCUCAGGGUCCCUGGAGUACUUGUGUCUGCCCGCUGGGGGACAGGUGCAACUGGUCCCAUUGGCCCAGGUGGAGAGGCAGGGCCAGAUCACAGAUGUGGAGCUAAGACCCAGCCCAGAGGCUGAGGGGAGUCCUUCACUAGAGCCUGGAGGUGGCCCCACCCCUCCUGUGCCUGGGCCAGGGGUAGAUGAACAGGGCCCAAAGGACAGCCAAGUGGCUCUGACCACAGGUUCUGGAGACCCUGAGGAUGCUGUUGUGGCUUCUGGUUAUGUCCUUUCUGCAGACCUGUUAUUCACCCCAAACUCAGGAGCCCCAUCUGUCUCUCUGGCUCCUCCCCUGGGCCACUGCUCAGACCAGAACCCCAGCCUCUGUCCUGGGCUGGCCAGUGGGUCCCCUGGAGUACCAGCUCCCAUGCAACCAGGCUUUGGAGGCUACGUGGAGCUCCCUCCACCCAUGGACCAGGCUCCCAAGUCCCCUCCAGGCAGUCCUGCCCCUCUUGUGGCCAGCAGCCCUGUGCUGAGCCCGAGGGAGCUGGCAUCUCCACACCCCGAGGGGCUCCUUGUCCUGCAGCAGGUGGGGGACUAUUGCUUCCUCCCUGGCCUGGGAUCUGGGUCUCUCUCACCCCGGAGUAAGCCCUCUUCCCCGAGACUUUGUCCUGAGGUCAUGGAUCUAGACCAGGCUUUUCAGAUCAAGAAGCCCCCAGGCCAGGCCAUGGCCCAGGUGCCAGCCAUCCAGCUCUUCAAAGCCCUGAAGCAGCAGGACUACCUGUCACUGCCCCCUUGGGAUGUCAGCAGGCCUGGGCAGGUGUGCUGAGAGCCUCCAGACCUGGGCAGACAAGUCCUGCCUUCCUUCCCGCCUUGACUGUCUCUCCUGCCAGCCUCCGCUCUUUCCACAGUCAUCUCUGCAGAGCCAGAGGGAGGCCUCCUGUCCAGGGAGCUAGAGACCUAGGAAGAUAGUCAGCCCUGCUGCUGUCCCCAAGUCCCCUCUUUCACGCUGUCCCACUCAAACACACACUGUUCAAGUUAACUUAUUUUUAGGUUGUGAAUUAUUAGUGCUUUCCAUAAUACUCCUUCCCUCAUCCCCCUCAUUUUCUUUUUUAGCAGGUUUCCUUUUGAUAUUUUUUCUUCUUGCUUCACUAAUUUAUACUUAGAGUACAGUUGGGGUCCAACAACACCUACUUGGAUAUUGAGAGGUGUCUGAUUGUGUUUAUGGACUUGAGUGGGCUGCCUGUCCCCAGCAGGCACUGAUGCAGGACACGAUUCUUGCCCAGGUGCAGAGUCAGAAGGCACCAAGUGGGUGCCAUAGGGGUGAGGACAGGGAAGAGCGGUGCAGGCUCGGGGAUGGGAGGACCGAGACCAGCCUUGAUUGUCACUCCACGAAAUGAGUGUGGCCAGGGGUGUGCAAGAGGCUAUUUGGGAGCUUCCUGCAGAGUGUCACAGAAAUAACAGCAAGGCCUCAGGUCAAGUAGAAAAGUUGCUGACCUGGGCCAUGAAUGGCUAAAGUGAUGGCCAGGCCCGGACCAGGGGAAUAUUGGGAAGGGAGAGGAAUCCAGAAUCCACAUUUGCUAUAGAAAGUUGGGAAAAAUUACUGAACAAAGGAAACCAGAAAAAUGACUAAAGGGCUUUUAAUCUGAGUGGCCCAGCUCCUCUCCCUUCCAGAAGGACCGUGCAGCUUCUAUUCCCACCUGCCGGAUGGCUGAUUAUGGUUCUUUUCAACCUUCGACUUUCUGAUACACAAGAAAUAAUGGCAUUAAAUUGCUUUGAUUUGCAUUAUUUGAUAAUUAUCAAGUUUGCACAUUUUUUAAUAUGUAUCUCAGGCAUUGUUAUUUUUUAACUGGGAUAAGCCUAUCAAGGUCUUUGUUCUGUUGGGUGCUACCUUUUUCAGUUUAAGUUUUAAAGCUAUUUACGUAUGCCCUCUCCCAGAGGGUGCAAAGUUUUUUCCCUGAGUUUGUGAUUUGCCUUAUAAUUUUGUAUAUGAGGUGUUGGGGGUUACAAAGUAUUAAAGCUUCUGUGUCGUCAAAGAGAUCUAUGGUGAAAUCUUUCUCCACUUUUGGUGUCAGAUUUCCA